UUUUGAUUUCAUUGGCGCGAGUUUCCAGCUUAAAGUGUAAAUAUCUGCGCAAUAGAGUCGAUAUACUUGAACCAUCCGUAAUAAUCCUCUUUUAAGCUGCUAAUAUUCACGAUCAUCUAGUCUCGGUUAUAUAUUUGAGUUACUUCUUCUCUAGUUCCGCUGUAUAUUUUGUUGUAUCGUCACUAUAUAACAAUGUUUGAGGCAAAAUUGGUUCAGGGCUCACUUCUGAAGAAGGUCCUAGAAGCGGUAAAAGAUUUGCUAACCGAAGCUAACUGGGACUGUUCAGCGACCGGUAUGUCCCUACAGGCCAUGGACAGCAGCCAUGUCAGUUUAGUGUCAUUAUUGCUCAAAAGUGAUGGAUAUGAAAAUUACAGAUGUGACAGGAACAUUACCCUGGGCAUCAACCUUGGCAGUAUGUCAAAGAUUCUGAAGUGUGCUGGAAAUGAGGAUGCAAUCACUAUUAAAGCACCAGAUACAAAUGCUGAUACUGUAACAUUCCUAUUUGAGUCUCCAAACCAAGAAAAAGUAUCAGACUAUGAGCUGAAGUUGAUGGACAUUGACUCUGAACAUCUUGGCAUUCCAGAAACUGACUACAGUGCUGUAGUGACCAUGCCAUCUCAUGAAUUCCAAAGAAUUUGUCGUGAUCUUAGUCAAAUUGGAGAGUCGGUGAUAAUAUCAUGCAACAAGGAAGGUGUUCAGUUCUCUGCUAGCGGAGACUUGGGAACCGGAAAUAUUACACUAAGACAGAAUACGAGUGUGGACAAAGAAGAGGAACAUGUAAGACUUAUUUCCAAUCUGUACCAGUUUGUUGAAUACAAGAUUGCUGAUAUGGGAUACAUCAGAUACUACCUUGCACCCAAAUUGGAAGAUGACAACGAAUAA